UUCUUUUCACGCCACAGAGACAAUUUAAACUUAAAGACUUUUUAAAUGAACAUUUUUAAAAAAAGUUACAGCAAUGUCAACUUUAUUAACAGAAGAAGAAGUUUCAAGUUUACUUGAAUCAAGUAUUAAAGCGAAACAAUGUUCGUACUCUCCUUACAGCAAAUUUCGAGUUGGUGCUGCAUUAUUUACAUCGUGCGGUAAAAUAUUUACUGGCUGUAACGUUGAAAACGUCAGUUACGGAUUAACAAUAUGCGCUGAAGUAACAGCAUACGUCAAAGCAGUUAGUGAAGGCUAUACUUCUUUUAAAGCUUGCGCAGUCUCAACAGAUGUAAAGGAUUCAGUACAUUGGCCAUGCGGCGCAUGUCGCCAGUUUAUGGCAGAAUUUGGUGAUAUUGAAGUUUUUUCAACAUUUGACGAUAAAACUCAUACUGUGAGAACACUCAAAACAAUAUUGCCGUCACAUUUUUCCGUUGAAGGUUUAAGAAAUGGCCAGUCUAUAUGAAUUGCGAGUCUAUUUUAUGAUUGGUUCAUAAGUUUUAUUUUAUUUUCAUUUUAGAUAAAACUAUCUAUGUAUACACUAUAAUUAAAACAUAGUUAAUGUUUUA